AUGUCAUAUUUGAAGAAUGUUAAUAAAUUAACCGAUAAGUCUAGACAAGACGUUCCUGCAGAAGAAAGCAUCGCCUGUGAAGUUACCCUGACGAAGAAGACUUCGAACGCAGGCGAGGAUGAAACACUCCCCGCGGGUCAAAAAUCAUUCAUAAGCAUUCAUUCAACCGAUCACCUUUGUCAAGUGGCUGACAUAGACAACCCGGCGAACGUCGAAGAUUGUAACGUGGAAGUGUUGAGCCUGAACGAGGUGUUCCCCUCAACAUCUGAAGAGAGUUUGUCAAACGAUGACGAAGCUUCGAUGGGUCGAAAGAAAAAUAAGGGCGCAAUACAGAAAUCGUAUUCAGAGAGUGGGAAAUCGACAUAUGUGCCGACGAACAGUAAAUCCUCGACUGUGUCUGGACGAGACAAGGACUCAUUGGAGGCGCAAUCAUCUGUCUACUCGGACUUCAAUAUUCCGAAAAGCACGAUGUACGUCAUGGGCAGUAAUCCGGGAGAACCGAAAAUGUCCUAUCAGGAUCCCCCCAAGAAAGUAUCAAAGACGAUGAAAAAGUUCCUUCGCAAUAUUGACAAACACAAGAAUGACCAAGUGGCAAAGAGCGGCGAAAAGGCAAUCAGCAAACUGACAACGAUGCGAGGCAUCCUGAAAGAUGGAAGAUGUGGUCCCGAAUGUACGGGAGACUCUACUGCUCAGGAUACAGAAGAGAUCACUAAUACUACAGACGAAAUGUUGGCCUACCAAAUGGAAUGCGCGCCCCAUUUAAAUUAUACUAAACACGGCCCCGACAAAAACGUAUCGUUCAAUACACAAGUGGUUAUCAUACACUUCACUGGUGACCUGUGCAUUGGACAGAGUAUCGAAGCCCUGAGCAAGGAGAAGGACCAGCAAGCCCGCAACUCGGAACUAAGAAAAACAUAUCUAACAAAAUACAACGAACUGUGGCCCACGCAGAAGUAG